GCUGGAAAGGGAAUGGACGCCCAGGUCCCGCAAGUCGCUAGGAGCGGGACUCCAGCCGUCCCCUGAGCCCGCGUCGCGCCCCCGCCCCUGCCCAUCCCCGGCCGCGCUGUCAGUCUCCAUUAGCGCUAACGGGCUCCAGACAGAGCGGGACCGGCGCUGGGUUAAUGCAAUCGGCGCGUUACCUGGGGCGCAGGCUACAUUACCAGCCCGGCCCCCGCCCGUCGCGGUCAGAACCAACCAGCCCGCGCCCACCGGCCGCCCCACGCUUGCUUUCCGCGCUCCUCGGGCCGCGCCCGAGCGCCACGCGUCAGAGCCCAGCCCCAGCCCGAGCCCCACAGCCUGGGGAGGCUAAGAGGGUCCGAGGCAGACAGACAGGGCGCACGGCACCCGGGAUCCCGUAGCUGCCAGACACCAGAGCCUCGGCGUGUUCCCAGUACCGCUAACGCCCCUCUUGCCAGCCGCACCCAUGCUUCUGGCGCGAAUGAACCCGCAGGUGCAGCCUGAGAACAGCGGAUCGGGCCCAGGGUCCGAGCAGCCCCCGCGGAAGCGCAAAGCUGCGGAGCUCUUGGUGGUGAAAGAGCGCAACGGCGUCCAGUGCCUCCUGGCGUCCCGCGACCGGGAAGAGCAGCCUCGGGAGACCUGGGGCAAGAAGAUCGACUUCCUACUGUCGGUGGUCGGCUACGCCGUAGACCUGGCCAACGUGUGGCGCUUCCCCUAUCUCUGCUACAAGAAUGGUGGCGGUGCCUUCCUGAUCCCGUAUACCCUAUUCCUCAUCAUCGCUGGGAUGCCCCUGUUCUACAUGGAGCUGGCUCUGGGCCAGUACAACAGGGAGGGGGCAGCCACUGUGUGGAAGAUCUGUCCACUCUUCAAAGGAGUUGGCUAUGCUGUGAUCCUCAUCGCCCUCUACGUUGGCUUCUACUACAAUGUCAUCAUUGCCUGGUCGCUCUACUACCUCUUCUCCUCCUUCACCCUUCACCUGCCCUGGACUGACUGCGGCCACGCCUGGAACAGCCCCAACUGCACCGACCCCAAGCUGCUCAACAGCUCUGUGCUGGGCAACCACACGAAGUACUCCAAGUACAAGUUCACGCCGGCUGCAGAGUUUUAUGAGCGUGGCGUCCUGCACCUUCAUGAGAGCAGUGGGAUCCAGGACAUCGGCCUGCCCCAGUGGCAGCUUUUACUCUGUCUGAUUGUCGUUGUCGUCAUCCUGUUUUUUAGCCUCUGGAAAGGAGUGAAGACAUCAGGAAAGGUGGUGUGGAUCACAGCCACGCUGCCUUACCUCGUGCUGUUCGUGCUCCUGGUCCAUGGCAUCACGCUGCCCGGCGCCUCCAACGGCAUCAACGCCUACCUGCACAUCGACUUCUACCGCCUCAAAGAGACCACGGUAUGGAUUGAUGCUGCAACUCAGAUAUUUUUUUCCUUGGGGGCUGGAUUUGGAGUCUUGAUUGCAUUCGCUAGUUAUAACAAAUUUGACAACAACUGCUACAGGGACGCUCUGCUCACCAGCACCAUCAACUGUGUUACCAGCUUCAUCUCUGGGUUCGCCAUCUUCUCCAUCCUUGGUUACAUGGCCCAUGAACACAAGGUCAACAUUGAGGAUGUUGCCACUGAAGGAGCUGGCCUAAUCUUCAUCCUAUACCCGGAAGCCAUUUCCACCCUGUCAGGAUCCACGUUCUGGGCUGUUGUGUUCUUCAUCAUGCUCCUGGCUCUGGGAAUUGACAGCUCAAUGGGAGGCAUGGAGGCCGUCAUCACGGGCCUGGCCGAUGACUUCCCGGUCCUGAAGCGACACCGGAAACUCUUCACCUUUGGAGUCUCCUUUGGAACCUUCCUUCUGGCACUGUUUUGCAUAACCAAGGGUGGAAUAUACGUGCUGACCCUGCUGGACACGUUUGCGGCGGGGACGUCCAUCCUAUUUGCUGUGCUCAUGGAAGCCAUCGGAGUCUCCUGGUUUUAUGGUGUGGACAGGUUCAGCAACGACAUCCAGCAGAUGAUGGGGUUCAAGCCAGGCCUGUACUGGAGACUCUGCUGGAAGUUUGUCAGCCCUGCCUUCCUCCUGUUUGUGGUGGUCGUGAGCAUCAUCAACUUCAAGCCACUCACCUACGACGACUACAUCUUCCCGCUCUGGGCCAACUGGGUCGGGUGGGGCAUCGCGGGCUCGUCCAUGGUCCUGGUUCCCUCCUACGUCGUCUACAAGUUCCUCAGCACGCGGGGCUCCCUUCGCGAGAGACUGGCCUAUGGCAUCACCCCGGAGAACGAGCAUCACCUGGUGGCCCAGAGGGACGUCAGGCAGUUCCAAUUGCAGCACUGGUUGGCCAUCUGAACCUGGCCCCGAGGAGGAGCCCUGCUGCGCCGACGUUCAGGUCAAAGGCUUCCUACCACCCAGCCGCUGUCUUGGGUUUCCUUUCCCAUCCCCCUCGUCCUCUUUUCCAAGUUACACCUGAUUUAGUGACCUGGUUUGCAUUCACUUUCUGUUCACCUGGCCUGAGGGCUGUGAGCUUGGAUGGGUAAGCCUCGUGGGAGGAGAGGAGGGGACAGGAAAAAGGACUUCUGUUGAACCUCUUUAGUUGUGAGGACUCCCCUCCAGUGGGGGAGCCGGCCCAAGCUGAGGUCCACGGCCCUGGGCAGAGCGUCCCACCAUGUUUGCUGGCACUUUGGUCCACAGAAGAAAUCCUUAGUCCCCCAAAGCAGACAGAGGAUGUUGCUUUUGGUCAGACACCAGAAAACCAAAACACAGUAUGAAAAGCCUGGCUGAAUUUGGGGGGUAUGUAGAUCUUGCCUCUCUCGAGGUCCUGGGGCAUAUUUGUCACUAUUGUGAAGUCCUUGGGAGAGAAGCUUUGGGGGAUCAUGAAUAGAAACCUUUGUAGUUUUCACUCUGGUUGAGCUGGGUUUGAUUUGUGUAUGUUCUGGAAUAUGCUUCUGGUGAUCCAAGGGUCCAGAGCUUUGGGUGGCACAAGGAAGAACAUAGGUGAGCCACAUUAGCCACUUCUGCAUAAGAACCAGACAAGCCUCUAGAGACCAUCUCAGCCUCACUCUGUCAGGUACCUGGAGCCCAGAAGCCUGUCUGUGGCUCCUGAGACCUUCCCGGGGUCUGGGGCCUUCACUGUGGGAUUCUCUGCUGUCCUCACGAGGCCAAGUAGGUGACCAAGGGCAGCACCAUAGGCUGUCUGUUUAUGUAUUGUUCACUGACACCUGCAAAGCCUGUCCCUGGGAAUCCCACCUGCACAGAUCGGGGGUCUGGAGUGAUGGGGCAUGGACCCCUUUGUCUCUCUUCGUGGACCAGACUUUGCACCAUGGAGGGCAGUGUGGAACCAAGUGCAUAGCACUCAGAUUGAGGGGCGAGUAUUCUGAGUUGAUGGAGCAGGUUGGCGGUUGGAGAGCAUGUCUAGACUGACUUCUGAUGGAAACUCAUGAGUGGCACCCUCUGGUGGUGAUGCUGGUUAGCUUCAGCUCAUGGAGAGAAAUGAUCUGUAGUUUGGUAAGUCAGUCAGUGGCAUCCAUUUGGAUUUUCUAUUUAUGGUUUGAGUUUCUUGCACCCUCACUGGAAAUCUAAACUUGUGGGUACUUGUUCUGACUGUGGGAGCUUCUGUUGCAGAAUCUUGGGCAAAAAAAGAGAGGGAGACACAGAUCCAAAAGGUGCUUUGGGGAAAGUGGGGUGUCACUGAGCCCCAGCAGUUGAUCAUGCCACGUCUGUGAAAGGUGGUUAUGUGUGGGCUAGCUGGGGGCAGGGAGAUGGUUUUUUCCCCAGAGUUAGAGUUCUGCUGCAUUGGGGUUUUUAUGUCGUUCUUUAAAGAAAAGUGGGAAAAUCAGGAGAUGUUGGAUUUUUCCAUGCAAAAAGUCCAGUUCAAAAUCUGAGAUAGGCUUCGUGGCAGAUGUCUUGGACCCUGAAAAAGGUGAGGCCUCAGAGCAUCUACCAGAGUGGAAAAAUCGGGUGGGGGGGGCCUGGGAAUGAGAGCAGGGUAACCAGUCUCUCAAGGAAUCUAGCCCCAGAAGUGACUUUGAAUCCUCCUGUGAAAGGUAAUUCCUCCCUAAGUGUGACUACUUUUUUUUUUUUUUUUUUAAACAAAGCACUUUCAUCCACAUUGACUCCCAUCUGCCCAGCAAGUACUGCAGGGCUGGCUUCUGUGUCCCCAUUUCCCAGGUGAGAAAACCGAGGUCCAGCAUUUCAGUCACUCUUACUCAAGCUACUAAGGUAAGGGCUCUGAUCGGACCUUAGGUCAGAGCGUCCGACUCUCAACUGAGAGCACUUUGAAAUCCCCAGCACUACACCAGGUAGUUCACCCCACCCAGGGUUGUCAUUAAACAUAAACAAAAUUCCUUAUGGUCAAGUGGCCAGGGAGUAUUGAUUAGAAAAAAGCCACAAUGUGUCGGAAGAAGGGACCAGGCAGGGCGUGCUGUGUCGUCUCCUGUAGCCGGUGGCCAGAGAGGUCGUGAUUGAGCUGCUUUCCUUUGAUGAAAAUCAUCACUCUAGGGAAGAGAGGGAGGUGAAAAGCUGAGGCUGCUUGGCAGACAGGAGAGCAGAGAGUGGGCAAAGCCUGUGUCUUGAGGGCACCUUUCAGAGAGCGCCCGCCAUGGCCUGCAGCCUUUCUGCCCCAGGCGAAUCGGAGAUGCGGUGCUAUCCCAGCUGACACCAGCCACCCCACUGGUGCUGCCUUGCAGGGGGAGCUGGCUGCAGAGUGGGGGUUGGCCCUGGGAGUGGAGGGCGACCCCGGACACCCGUGGAUAUUCUCGAGGAGGUGCUGGCAGAGCUUCUGGGCUCACCUUCCACCCACGCUUAAGGGAGAGGGAGCAUGUGCUUUUUCCUAAGUGAUGCUUGACUUCUUAUGUGCGUAGCAGAGGUUCUCUGGGACCAGGGUGCUCCUGUGUCCUGUGUAGGACAUGUUUGAUAUUUUACCAGGUUUUUAAAGCAUUAUUGUUUUCCAUGAAGUGAAAAACUAUCUAAGACCAUCAUGUUAACAUCGACUCAAUGUGUCACUAAUGAUUUAGCGUCCACCUAUGAGUUGGUCUUCAUUCCAGAUGUGAAUGAGACAGAGGGGAAGGGGACCUGCCAACUCGUGCCAAUAUCCUGCUGAACAAAGGUCCCCCAAGCUGCCUUAAAUCUCAGAGGGGUUCCAGCCCAGGGGUAGCGGGGUGGGGAGCCAGACUCUUGCUGAACAAUCCGUUUUGCAGCCCUGGUAAUGUGAGACCGAACAUUCUCACCAAAGAUGCCAUUUCUUAGUAAGAAGCCCACUGAGUUCAUUUUGUUCAUUUCCUUUGAAAUCCAUGGAAGGGAGAAGAACAGAGGGGGAUUUUGGUGUAGAGAAAACAGCACAGCAUUUAGAGUUGCCCAGACCUGUCUUGCUGGGUGGCCUGGGGAAAGGGGCGCCACCUCUCUGGGCUUCGGAGCGCUCUGUAAAAGCGAGGAUUGCCUCAGAGAAUCAAAGGUCUCAUCCAGUAAAACCAAUUUCCGGUCUCCAUAACGGCGUUGUUGUGAUCAAAAUUUACAACGAAGGAAGCACAUCAUCGUUUACUGUAGGACUUUCUAGAAUGAUCUUGGCCUACCGUUGAACAGAGACAUGUCGGAACUAUGAUUUUUUUCCUGGACAUUCAGUAGUUCCUCUUUCUCCAGUAUUUCUUCAGCUCAUGCCAGAAACACUGAGUAUUGAAAAAAAAAAAAUAAGUUCAACCCUUCGGUUUUGAGGAAUUUGAGGGUUAACAGGCUGCCAUGCCUUUGUGCAUCCCAGAACCCACAGCUCUGCAGAUGUGCAGCAUGACUAUGGCUGCGGUUGUACAGGUCACCCAAAUCCUGGUGAAUGGGAAGUCGCUUUGGGGGUGCCCACCCUCGUCCCUCUCUCUCUCCACUUCUGUGUAAAUAAGGACUCGUUCAAUGGUGCCCUGUGUCAUGGACUGUUCCAAAGUCAUGCAGAUUUCUAUAUCUGGUGUGCAUUUAUUUUAAAAGCUGUUCUCUCCAUGGAAAAUUAAGUGUACAGAAUAAUAAAGGAUCUUUCCUGUGCCAUGUA